GGGGGAAGCGCCGCUGUACUCUAAGGGUAUAAAUGGUGACCGGCAACCAUGGACCGGCACUUCUGUCAGUGAGUGACGCCAGAGGACACAGUCAUCAUGUACACGAUUCUCGCUUUCUGUGCACUCCUUGGAGUGAGUCUUGCCGCCCCCCAGCAACCCCAGACCUCCCCCAUCCCCAUCAUCAAGUACGAGAGCGAAGGCCCAAACCCUGAUGGAAGCUACAGAUGGGCAUACGAGACCGGUAAUGAGAUCCAAGCUGAGGAAACAGGAUCCGUGAAGAACUUCGGAGUCCCCGACCAGGAAAUCCAGAGCGCUAUUGGCUCCUACAGCUAUACUGCCCCUGACGGAACAAGGAUAUCCAUAACCUACACCGCCGACGAAAACGGUUUCGUACCCCAGGGUGCUCACCUUCCCACCCCUCCACCUGUCCCCGAGGCCAUCCAGAGGGCUCUUGAGUACAUCGCGGCUCAUCCAGAGGAGAACGGUAUCGACGGAGCCGGUUCAGCACCUCAACCAGCCGUCGUCAGUCCCAACUUCUGAACGCCUUCUAGUGCCAACUAGAGAACGAUUCUUGAAGCAUGGACCAAAGUUAUAGUGACCUGUUGUGAACGGCUCGAGCUCAAAACGGGGUGUUCUUUCAUAACUCUCUUGAGUUAAAUCUUUAGAAUUGUGCUGAUUUUAAAGAUGUAACUUGAACAAAUCAAAAACUAGUUUAAGAGAUGGCACAUGAAAAGCAGUACCGUAGCUUUUAUGAUACCUGUAAUAUAUCGUUAGCCACCUAUGUAAUUUUAUAUACUCUACUUUUUUACUGUGACUUCGAAAGUGUUAAAUAUUUUUUUAAUAAAUUUUAAAACCUUAAA